CAAGGGCAUGAUCUCAGCCACUCUCCUGGCGUUCGCGCCGUGCGCGCUGCUGCCUGCGCCUCGUGUCAGCCCGGGAGCGGUGCGUGGGCGCGCGGUCGGCGCCUCCGCCGUCCACUCUCCCCUCGCCGCAAAGGCUCUCGAUCACGUGUCAUCUCAUCCUGUGGUCGAGCACAAUCCCUACUGCGAUUGGUUCUCGAAGGGCGAGGCGACAGAAGAGCAGGUCAAGGAUCUCGUUGUGCAGUUCUCCGUCUUUUCCAACCUCUUCCUCCUCGCCCAACUGAACAAGGUCAUCAACUCGCCCACGCUGGAGGGCGCACGCGAGGGCAAGGAGAUUCUGGCCAACGAGAUUGGGGUGGUCUUCAAGCCGCAGGAGAAGAAGACGGCCGAGCUGGCGCGCGAGGCGGCCGAGAAAGGGUUCGAUCCGAACGUCGUCUCUGUCACCGGCUCCGUCGAGGGCGGCGUCUUCUCGCACCGCGCUGCGCACUUCGAGUGGCUCUGCGACGUCGGCAAGGACAUGGGGCUGACCUUUGACGAGCUGGGCAAGCGGCGCCACGGGUCGGAGGCGACGCUGCACUUUUGCGAUGCGCUGUAUCGCAUUUACGGCAGCGAGGACCUAUCCACCGCGCUCGGUGCCUCCUUUGCGAUCGAGCACUGGGCCAACGCCGGCUUCUGGGACGAGCUCAUCGAGGGAUUCGAGAAGCUGAACGGAAAGCGGCCUUCUGGGGCCAAGAAGUUUCGGAUGGGCUUCUGGCGCUUCCACCAGGCGCUCGAGGCGCAGCACGCUGCGCACACCAUGGACGAGCUCGAGGAGGCCAUCACCGAGGGGCUGAUCACGGACGAGCUACGCUUCCAGCAGGCGGCGCGCGAGAUGCUGGACGCGUGCGCCAUCUUCUGGGAGGGCCUGGACGCGAGCCGCCAGGGUCGCCCGUACUCGGUGACCACACUCAAGGCGCGCUAGGGUGCUCUGGCUGGCCUCUGGCCUCUGCCGGCCAGCCGGGAGCGGCGCGGCGGAACCGCGUCCUUCGUUUGCCGCCGGGCCGCGAUCAGUUGGAGCACGCUUGGCUUGGAGGGUGCAGAUUGCAGCAGGCAUGUUAGUUAGAGAAAGCGGAUAAAAACACUC